AUGGAUUCCACAGAGCCACCCUCGUCCAGUCACUGCAAACUAUUCUAUGGUGCGACAAUUAUCACAAUCAAUGCCAAGCGAGAAGUUAUCCGCGAUGGAUACAUUCGUGUUGAGCAUGGUCGGAUCGCAGCGGUUGGAAAGUGCCCAUAUUCUCAGCCUCUUCCAGUCAACACGACGGAAAUAAACUGUUAUGGCAGUAUCAUCAUUCCCGGGCUUAUCAAUACCCACGCACAUCUGGUCCAGUCGCUGCUGCGGGGAUUGGCAGAGGAUAUGCCACUUCAUAAUUGGCUUUGUGAUGCAGUGUGGCCCUUAGAGGCUGUUUUUGAUGGCAAUGACGGGUUUCAUGCAGCCCGCUUGACAAUUGCGGAAAUGCUCAAAACGGGAACUACAUGUUUCCUUGAUCCUAUGUUGACUUAUCGUGCGGGAUUUGAUCAGGUUUGCGCAGCUGUGGGUGAGAUGGGCAUCCGAGGGUGUCUUGGAAAGCUAGUCAAGUUCACAGAGACCAACCGGCAACUGUCUAUUUCCGACCCCCGAGAUCAAGACUUGAUCAACAUGUCCAUACCAGCGCUUUUAGCCGCCCAUAAAAACCAUCAUCACAACUUUGAUGAUCGAAUCCACGUGUGGGCGGCCGCAGGAACCCCCCGUGGAGCGCCAAAGUCUGCCUAUAGUGAAUUUGGAACCACAUGUUCGGAUCAUGGCAUAUCGAUUACCAUGCAUUGUGCCGAAUCUCCAAAAGAUCUGGAUAUCUAUCGUGACACUUAUCACUGCAGCCCAAUGGAGUUUAUUCGUGAUACCAAGCUCUGCCCACAACCCAACCCGUCUUCCGACACAUGCAAAGGGGUCACACAUCGCUUGGUUUUGGCACAUAUGGUUAAUCUAGACGAGAGGAUUGAUCUACCACUGCUCUCCUCUACACAGACAUCUGUGGCCCAUAACCCUACCUCCAACCUGAAAUUGGCCUCGGGCGUGGCGCCAAUUCCAUCUAUGUUGGCAAACGAGGAUCAUAUCACGGUCUCUCUGGGGACUGAUGGUGCUCCAUGUUCCAACCAUUAUGACAUGUUUCAGGAGAUGCACCUAGCUUCCAUCCUACACAAAGGGGUCAACAGGGAUGCCAGUCUUGUGCCUGCUGAAGUUGUACUGGAAAUGGCCACUAUCAACGGGGCAAAGGCAUUGGGUCUCGACAAAGAUAUCGGAAGUCUUGAAGCAGGCAAGAAGGCCGAUUUUGUUGUUGUCGACCCAUACGGACAAGGGGGACUCGGAGCGGCACCGUGGAGCAGUAACGCCCCGGAGCAUGCAGUGAAUCCAGUUACGACCAUCGUUCACGGAUGUACGGGCCGUGACGUUGAUAUGACAGUUGUAGGUGGCGAGAUUCUGGUGAAAGCGGGAACCCUGGUAGUUGGCGGGAAAGACAAAGAAGCGCAAAUUGUGCAGAUGGCGCAGACUGCUGUCAAGGGGAUUCUUGAGCGUGCCAACCAUUAUCACGAAGAGGAUACAAAGAUCGGAGGGAAACUCGCCUCUCCGUGGCACUAUAUUUAA